GCCUGAUUUCUAUCCAAGAUUCUAUACCCUUGAAGCAGAACUUAAUCCUUCUCCCAGUCAAAAAGAAAGGGAAGAUUGUCAAAUCUGAUGUGGUAGGCUAUGUAGAGUCUUCUAGUCCACUCAGAUACACUCUUUUCUCUGACUCUUAAACUUUCCCUUAGCUCUCCAACACCCAGGAGCUCCCUUUCAGUGUCCUCCAGGUGCUUCCUUACUUCCUAUCUUCAGAGCAGGCAGCCUCCAUUCGCUCAGGCCUUAGCCCUCCUCUGCUCUCCAUCUAGCCAAACUGGUUUGAGUUGGCCAUGCCCCUUCCCAGCUCCCUGGGCUCUUCACAUGGUGGCUGGCCCCACAGCUCUACCUUGGCUUGGCUUGGAGCCAUGAGUCAGCUUCAUCUCCACCCAAGCCAAAUCAAACCUGAGGCAAGAGCCGAAACUCACAGUUCCUCAAAGCCUAUGGCCAGGUGAUGGAGGACGAGGAGAAGGCAGCGGAGAGCUUGGUGAGCAACAUGGAAGCUGCUCAUUCUCCAUCCCCUAUCCACUGCUGCUGGCUCCGCCUCCAAUACUUGGCAGCUACUAGCAUUAUCUGUGGCUGUUCUUGCCUGGGGAUCAUGGCUCUUGUGUUUGCCAUCAAGGCCCCCACAUCCCUCAGAAUGACGUUGGACGUGGGGCCGGAGGAUGAACUCCCAGACUGGGCUGCGGCCAAAGAGUUUUACCAGAAGUACGACCCUAAAGACAUCAUUGGCAGAGGAGUGAGCUCCGUGGUGCGCCGCUGUGUCCAUCGAGCUACUGGGGAUGAGUUCGCAGUGAAGAUCAUGGAGGUGUCUGCUGAGCGGCUGAGUGUUGAGCAGCUGGAGGAGGUGCGGGAUGCCACACGGCGAGAGAUGCACAUCCUUCGCCAGGUCGCUGGCCACCCCCAUAUCAUCACUCUCAUCGAUUCCUACGAGUCUUCUAGCUUCAUGUUCCUGGUGUUUGACCUGAUGCGGAAAGGAGAGCUGUUUGACUAUCUCACGGAGAAAGUGGCCCUCUCAGAAAAGGAAACCAGGUCCAUUAUGAGGUCUCUGCUGGAAGCAGUGAGCUUCCUCCACGCCAACAACAUUGUGCACCGAGACCUGAAGCCUGAGAACAUCCUCCUAGAUGACAAUAUGCAGAUACGCCUUUCAGACUUUGGGUUCUCCUGCCAUCUGGAACCUGGCGAGAAGCUUCGAGAGCUGUGUGGGACUCCAGGGUAUCUAGCACCAGAGAUCCUUAAAUGCUCCAUGGAUGAAACUCACCCAGGCUACGGCAAGGAGGUCGACCUCUGGGCUUGUGGGGUGAUCCUGUUCACACUUCUGGCUGGCUCACCACCAUUCUGGCACCGGCGCCAAAUCCUAAUGCUACGCAUGAUCAUGGAAGGGCAAUAUCAGUUUAGUUCACCCGAGUGGGAUGAUCGUUCAAACACCGUCAAAGACCUGAUCUCCAAGCUACUGCAGGUGAAUCCUGAAGCGCGCUUGACAGCCGAGCAGGCCCUACAGCACCCCUUCUUUGAGCGCUGUGAAGGCAGUCAACCUUGGAACCUCACACCUCGCCAGCGGUUCCGGGUGGCAGUGUGGACAAUACUGGCUGCUGGACGAGUGGCCUUAAGCAGUCACCGUUUACGGCCACUAACUAAGAAUGCACUAUUGAGAGACCCCUAUGCACUGCGGCCAGUCCGGCGCCUCAUUGACAACUGUGCCUUCCGGCUCUAUGGGCACUGGGUGAAGAAGGGUGAGCAGCAGAACCGGGCAGCCCUCUUCCAGCACCAGCCUCCUAGGCCUUUCCCCGUUGCUGCCACUGAACUCGAAGGAGACUCCAAUGCUAUCACAGAGGAUGAGGCUACGCUGGUACGGAGCUAGGGCCUUAUCCCUGGGCAAGCCAGAAAGUAGGACUCUCCAGGAGGAGAUUUUUUUUUCUAUCAUUCCAACUGUUUGGGACUCAGACCUUAGCCCUGCCUUGCCAAGCCUACAACUGAGAAUGCUGCUUGUCACAGAAUCCAGCCCUCUACCCCUAUUCCUCUGGACUUGGAGAUCAGGGCGGAGACGGAAGCAAGCCUCUUCCAGUGUUGUGCCUGGCCUUGCCAUCGCCGCCUGUGCUGCAUCUGAAAUAAAACCUGCUACACGCCUGG